CACAAACCAAGCGAUUUGAAACUGUCAAGAUCAACAAGUUGAUAACACAAAACAAACGCAAGACGAAGGCAGUUCGAGAUACUCCAAAGCACCAAGAUGUCCUCAGAUGAAGGGGAUCCGAGCAGUCCAGUUCUGCCAGGGGACUCAGAUCAGGGCAGCUCUGUCUCCUCUGAGCUGCAGGAUGAAUAUGAAGAACUUCUCCGCUAUGCAGUGGUCACUCCUAAGUAUGACCCGCAGCCCGCCGCUCAACUGCAGCUUCUGAGUGCCUCACAACUGUCUGCGGAUGGACGGAGUUCCCGUGGAAAUGAUGACGCGAGGUCCCAUCGCUCAGCAGGCUCAGUUUCUGAAGCUGAAGAUGGGAGACGCUGUAGCAGGGGAGUGAGGUCAGCACGGGCCUCCCCUUUUAUAGUGGAGCCCAGGGCACACUCACACACCUUUGAGGGUAAUGAAGUGAUGGCUGGCAGGUCAUCUGUUGCCUCAGACGCUCACUCAGACAGACACUCAGACAGACUGCCGACGCCGUCUGAGAGCUCCAGACACGGCAGUCCAGACCCCCUGGUCACCGUGGUGACGGAGAUGUUUAUCUCUGAGGAGAACCUGAACACGAUGGAGAACAUCCUGGACACCUGGAGCGACAAGCUCAAGGCCAACGUGCUGAUGGAGCUGAGGAAGUGGAAGCUGGCCUUCAUGGAGCAGCACAAGCUGGAGGUGAGGAAGGAGAGGGAGAAGCAUGCUGCCUGUAUAGCAGGCCUCACUGCAGAGAUGGACAGCCUGAAGGAACUGCUCCACACCUACGAGACCUCCAACCAGAGGAAGGACGAGGUGAUAGUGAACCUGAGCCAGGCUGUGGACAGACAGAGGGAGAGGCUGGAGCUGAUGAGGACCUUCACCCACUGGAGACUGCAGCACAGCGAAGCCAGGGAGCAGGCCCACAGUGCCCGGCUGGCAGAGCAGCACUACCGUCUGCAGCUGAAGAGGAAGGUGUGGGCAGGCUGGCACAACCUGAUCCAGGGGAGCUGGAAGGAGAAGGUGGAGAAGGCGUGCCGCGCCCGGGCAGAGGAGGUCUGUGUGCGCCUGUCAGCUGACUAUGAGGACAAGAUGGCAGAGCACGUGGCAGCGCUGGAUGCUGCCCAGGCUGAGAUCCAGAGGCUGCACUCCGAAAGGGAGCGUUAUGAGGAGUCCAUGAAGAAGGCCUUUAUGAGGGGCGUGUGUGCCCUCAACAUGGAGGCUCUCAGCAUGUUCCACACUGGAGAGGGACGAGCGGAGCACGACCUGCACGAUGCUCCGCCCCCUCGGGAUGAUCCUGGCACCGGCUCAUUGGCCCAUCUCCAGCAAAGGCCUGCCUCCUCCACUCGGUUCAGCCCGGUCCACUUUGACCCCCCUGUACCACCGUCCCAGAGUGACGCAGAGGAGACAGUGGGUUCCAAUAUCCCAGCCUCCAGAGUUGAGUUGUUCCCCUCAACCACGGUGGUCCACAGCACCCUACCACCAGGGGGCACUGCAAGCUCCCACAGACAGGUCAGUACACGGGUGAUCACAUCGGGUCAACAGAAAGCCUCCAAAACCGUGACCGCUCGCAUCACGGCACGCGCCGACCUCCGCGCUCCUAGCUCCGUCCGUGCUUCCAGCAACCUCCAGGUCAUGGGUGUGGCUCCUCCCAUGAGCUCUGUCAUCGUGGAGCGCCAUCACCCCGUCACACAGCUCACGGUGGGUCAGGCCACCGCAGCUAAGUUCCCCCGCUCCUCCUCUCAGCAGGGCCAGGGCCCCUACAGCAGCAAGAGUUCCUCCAGAACACACUCAGCCUACCACGUACACUCUAUCAAAGUGGUUGAGUAAACACACACACACACACACAACAAUAUCACCUAUGGUUCACAUAGGAAAAUUCCACUACCUUAUAUGCAAAUACAAGUAGUCUUCCCGUACAUGACUUGGUCAAGGUGAUACAGGUGCAGAAUUGAAUAUUCCCAAAUAUUCUACACAUACGUAACCACACACACGUUCACUACUAUGAGAGAACUAUGAAGGACCUGAACCAUUUCUGUGAGAACUAAGUUUAGGAUUACAGAAAAUAACUUUUCAAAUGCAAUCAAUAAACCUGAUAACACUCUGGAAUGGAAGGUAGAAUGGUGACUGCUGGAACCACCUUGUCUUUUCAGAGCAUUUGGAUAAUGACUUUUUCACUAGUUUUACUUCUUAUUGUGAAUGACUGAACUGUUUUUGUAUUUUCUUCAGUUUUUUUAUUUGUUGUUUUUAAAUGAUGGAAAGUCAGUCUCUUGACUGUUGUGUGAAAACGCAUAUUUGGAAUAAUAUUGCGUUGAUGAUGUGUUGAGAACACUUGUGGUCAAGUUUUCAGGACUGUAUCAAGGCCAUAUGUUCAUGUUUUGGUCAAAAUCUGCACUAUAAACUUUUACAGUAAAUUGCUUGAACAUGAAUAAAACAUGAAUUGCAAAUAUUCUUAGAAUAAUAAACCAUUCACUAAUUAAUGUACAGUUGAAGUCGGAAG